UCCCUCUCUAGUUCCCUCUGAGUUUCACUUUUGUUUCCAAGCGAAGCCUGCCGGCGAGCGAGACGGGACCCCGGGGCAGAUUCGGGAGCCGGGCUGCGGGCUGGGGACCGGGCGCAGAUUGGUGGGGUGUAUGUUGCGAUGGCGGAGGCGUCCGCGGCGGUGGAGGUCCGUGGGUUGCCUCCCGACGUGCCGGAUGAGCUGCUUACGCUCUACUUCGAGAACCGGCGGCGCUCUGGGGGCGGUCCUGUGUUGAGCUGGCAGAGACUUGGCUGUGGAGGCGUCCUUACCUUUCAGGAGUCCGCAGAUGCAGUGAGGGUCUUAGCGCAGGGGGAACACGUGCUGCACCGGGCGCGGCUGAGCUUGCGGCCGGCCCCGCCCCGGGCCCCCGGGCGUCUGCUGCUGCAAGGGCUGCCCCCUGGUUUCGCGGCCCCGCGUCUGGAGAAGCAUGUGCAGGCUCUGCUGUGCGCAGCCGGGCUCCCAGAGCAGCCCUGCCGUGUCCUGGCCAGUCCUCGGCCGGACUGUGCGCUGGUCCAGCUGCCCACGCAGCUCUCCGAGGCAGAGGUUGGUGUCCUGGAGGAGGAGGCCCGAGUACUGGGCUUGGACGGCGCUGUAGUGACCCUGGCCCGCAUGCCCCAGGCCCGAGCGGUGCGGGUAGUGGGGGGCACACCGGCCCCAGACCCGCUGCUGCUGGAGCUGUAUCUGGAGAAUGAGCCCCGCAGUGGUGGGGGGCCGCUGGAAGACCUGCGCAGCCUGCCUGGGGCCCUGGGCAUCAUCGUCUCCUUCCAGCAGUGGCAGGCGGCUGAGCGGGUGCUGCAGCGGGACCACUGGCUGCAGGACUCUAAGCUGCACCUCAUCCCCCAUUAUGACAUCCUGGAACCCCAGGAGCUUGCCAAGGACACCUGUGAAAGGGAUUGCCUGGCCCAGCUGUGUCCUGAGGCCUCUGAGCACACACUCUUGGAGGCUGGAGGGCCGACGAGGGUUCUGGAGGGCCAAGGAGCUCUGACAAUGACAGACCCUGUGGAGGCACCAGGGCAAUCAGAGACCACUCUGAGGCUGGGGCCCGUGGAGCUGCUGGGGCAGGAGGGGCCACUGAGCCAGGGACUCGUGGGGUCUCCAGGUCAGGAGGAGCCCAUGAGCCUAGGACCUGUGGGGUCUGUGGAGCAGGAGGGGCCUGUGAGUCUAGGAUCUGUGGGGUGUCUGGAGCGGGAGGGGCCUGUGGGCCUGGGACCUGUGGGGUCUCUGGAGCAGGAGGGGCCUGUGCACCUGGAACCUGUGGGAUUUCCAGGUCAGGAGGGGCCUGUGGGCCUGGGACCUGCGGGGUCUCUGGAGCAGGAGGGGCGUGUGGGGUCUCCGGAGCCGAGGGGUGCGGUGGAGACGGUGCUGUCGAUGGAGCCCGGGGCGCUGCGCUUCCUGCAGCUCCACCACCAGGACCUUCUGGCGAGCCUGGGAGAUGUUGCCCUCUUCCCCCUGGAAGGGAUGGAUGUGACUGGCUUUCGGCUCUGUGGCGCCCUGGCCCCGUGCCAGGCGGCCGAGGAGUUUCUUCGGAGCCUGCUGAGCAGUAUUAGCUGUUACGUGCUGAGCCUUAGGCACCCGGGCAGCGCGAGCUUCCUGUUGGGCCCGGAGGGACAGUGCCUCCUUCGGGGACUGGAAGCUCAGUUCCAGUGUGUCUUUGGGACAGAGCGACUGGCCAGGGCUGCCUUGGACAUAGGCCCUGAAGAGAUGGACCCCAUUGAGUCCCUCCAGGCCCACAUCCCAUUGCCCUCAGACAGUGCAGGCAGUGUCCAGGAGAACGUGAGCCUGGAGGAGGUCCGAGAGCUGCUGGCCACCCUGGAGGGCUUGGAUGGGGAGGAGUGGCUGCCCCUGGAGCUGGGGGAAGAGGAGCCUGAGAAGGAGCCUCCCCAGGAGAAGGAGGAAGCAGUGAGUUUGGGGUGCUCAGUGGAGGAGCCUGUGGCCCCCAACCCUGGGACUCUAGGGAGACUAGAGGAGGAGGCCGCACUGCAGCUGGCCCUCCACCGGUCACUGGAGCCGCGAGACAGCGUAGUUGAGCGGGAGGAGGCAGCAGCGUUGCAGCAAGCCCUGGCCUUGUCCCUGCUGGAGCAACCUCUGUUAGAGGCAGAAGAGCCCCCAGGGAGUGGGGCAGGCGGGCCGGCCCAGCUGGUGGUGCACUCAGCCUUCGAGCAGGACAUGGAGGAGCUGGACCGGGCACUGGAGGCUGCCCUGGAGGCCCACCUCCGGGAGGAGACAGUGGACUCCAGGGGCCGAGUGCUGUCUGCAGAGCUCUGUGCCCAGCUGGAAAAGUGCCAUGGUGUGAGCAUUGGCCUCCAUGAGGACUAUGCUGUCCUCCGUGGCUUUGGAGCCCAGCCAGCCCGUGCAGCCCGCCACUUCGCAGCGCUGCUGGCCUGCCCCUGGGAUCAGAGUGAGGUCUUUCCCCUGGCGGCCUCGGGCCCCUCCGCGCCUCAGCCGAGGCUGGAGGGCCCCUCCAACGGGGGGCUGGAGUGUCUGGCUGAGAGCUCCGAGGAGUUCCAGGAGGUGGUGCAGGCCUUCUAUGACACCCUGGAUGCUGCCCACAGUAGGAUUCGCAUUGUCCGCGUCUCCACCUCUCUACUGCAGGCUCCUCUCUCCCUGGGUCACAACUACCACCCACUCACUGCCCCCGACAAUCACCACCCACCACCACGCCCUUCCAGGAGAUGACCGCUGUGACUGAAUCCAGUGCUCUCCUUCUAGUUACGGACUCGGCAGCUGUCAGCUCUGCACUUUGAGAGGACAGACUCACUGCCCUCGUGUCAUCUCCUCCCUCGGUGGCUUUGUUAAUUAUACACAACUUGGUUCUUCUAGCUACACCUUUUCCUUCAUUUAACAACUUCAGAGACCGUUGCUGCCCGCCUGCACGUUUGCCCUUCGUUCUCUGGCAUCUCCCUCCCUACUCUGGGUCACAGUUUGGUCAUUUACAUUAUUUUUAUUACAUAGUCAAGUUUGCUAACUUUAUAUUCAGUAACUGUCGUGAGACCUCUGUGCUUUGGCCAUAGGCUGAUAAAUGAAAAAAACCCCUUGCCGUCGAGUAGAUUCUCACUCGCAGCGACCCUAUGGGACAGAGUGGAACUGCCCCAUCGGGGUUCAAGGAGCUGCUGCUGAAUUUGAAUGGUUGAUCUUUUGGUUAGCAGCCAAGCUCUUAGCCACUGUGCCACCAGUGCUCCGUAGGCUGAUGGAUGAUGAUAAAAUAUCUAUCAAAGAACUGUUGUUGGUUUUGUCAUGAGCUGCUGUCAGGACAGCCCCUGACUCCCGGUGACCCCAUGCUCGGACCUUUGUGCUGCACAGUCUCCACUGGCUGAUGUUCAGAAGCAGAUCACCAGGCCUUUCUUCCUAAUCUGUCUUAGUCUGGAAGCUCCGCUGAAACCUGCUGCAUAGAACAGCAACACGCAAGCCUCCACUGACAUCGCGGAGGUGGUUGCACAUGAGGUACAUCAUCUGGGAAUUGAACCUGAGUCUCCCACACAUUGUUGUCAGGUGCCGUCGAGUCAGUUCCGACUCAUAGCAACCCCAUGUACCACAGAACGAAACACUGCCCAGCCCUGCACCAUCCUUCCCAUCGUGGCUAUGCUUGCGCCCAUUGUUGCAGCCACUGUGUCGAUCCACCUCAUUGAGGGUCUUCCUCUUUUCCGCUGACCCUGUACUCUGCCAAGCAUGAUGUCCUCCAGGGACUGAUCCCUCCUGACAACAGGUCCAAAGUAUGUAAGACGCAGUCUCGCCAUCCUUGCCUCUAAGCAGCAUUCUGGUUGUACUUCUUCCAAGACAGAUUUAUUAGUUCUUCUGGCAGUCCAUGGUAUACUCAACAUUCUUUGCCAACACCACAAUUCAAAGGUGUCAAUUCUUUGAUCUUCCAUAUUCAUUGUCCAGAUUUUCCAUGAAUAUGAUGUAAUUGAAAAUACCAUGAAUUGGGUCAGGCACACCUUAGUCUUCAAGGUGACAUCUUUGCUUUUCAACGCUUUAAAAAGGUCCUUUGCAGAAGAUUUGCCCAGUGCAACACAUCUUUUGAUUUCUCGACUGCUGCUUCCAUGGAUGUUGAUCACGGAUCCAAGUAAAAUGAAAUCCUUGACAACUUCAAUCUUUUCCGCAUUUAUGAUGUUGUUCUUAUUGGUCCAGUUGUGAGAAUUUUUGUUUUCUUUAUGUUGAGGUGUAAUCUAUACUGAAGGCUGUGGUUUUUGAUCUUCAUUAGUAAGUGUUUCAAGUCCUCUUCACUUUCAGCAAGCAAGGUUGUGUCAUCUGCAUAACACAGGUUGUUAAUGAGUCUUCCUCCAACCCUGAUGCUGGGUCUUCUUCAUAUAGUCCAGCUUCUCAGAUUAUUUCCUCAGCAUACAGAUUGAAUAAACCAGACAGUAUCCCCUU